AUGUCUAUUCCUACUGCUGCUGUCCAUGAUGCUGCAUGCAUCUUUUGCAAGAUUCUUAAAAAGGAAAUCCCAUCAUUUAAAUUGAUUGAAACUGCUCACUCUUACUCUUUCUUGGACAUUCAACCAACUGCAGAAGGACAUAUUUUAGUUAUUCCAAAGUAUCAUGGUGCCAAAUUACAUAACAUUCCAGAUGAAUAUCUUGCUGAUAUUUUACCUGUUACCAAGAGGUUAGUAAAAUUGCUUGAUUUAGAUAUUGACGGUGAUGUACCAGGUUACAAUGUUCUACAAAACAAUGGUAAGAUUGCUCAUCAAGAAGUUAAUCAUGUUCAUUUUCAUUUGAUUCCAAAGAGAGAUAAAGAAACCGGCCUAAUUGUUGGUUGGCCUGCGCAAGAGACAGAUUUUGAAAAGACAGGUAAGUUACAUGCUAAGUUGUUAGAAAAAUUGAAUCAAUGA